AUGGACAUCUCCCUGAAUACAACCAAUAGCUCGGGAUUUCAAGUGUCUGAGUUCAUCCUGAUGGGGCUCCCAGGCAUUCAUGAGUGGCAGCAUUGGCUCUCUAUGCCUCUGGCUCUGCUUUAUUUCUUCGUUCUUAGUGCCAAUCUCCUUGUCUUAAUCACUGUCUAUCAUGAGCCAACCCUGCACCAGCCCAUGUAUCAGUUCCUUGGUAUCCUGGCUGUAGUGGACAUUGGACUGGCUACCACCAGUAUGCCCAAGAUCUUAGCCAUUUUCUGGUUUGAUGCCAAGACCAUUAGCCUCCCUAAAUGUUUUGCACAGAUCUACGCCAUCAACACUUUGAUGUGCAUGGAGUCAGGCAUCUUCCUCAGUAUGGCAGUGGACAGAUAUGUAGCUAUUUGUUACCCCCUUCAAUAUCCCUCUAUAGUCACUGAAGUUUUUGUGAUCAAAGCCACAAUAUUUAUGGUGCUCAGGAAUGGCUUGUUGACCAUUCCAGUGCCUAUAAUGGCUGCCCAGAGACACUACUGCUCCAGGAAUGAGAUUGACCACUGCCUGUGCUCCAACUUGGGAGUCAUCAGUCUAGCUUGUGAUGACAUCACCAUUAACGGAUUUUAUCAGUUGGCCUUGGCCUGGAUUGUGGUUGGAAGUGACAUGGGUCUGGUAUUUGCUUCCAAUGCUUCGAUUAUUCACUCAGUGCUGAGGCUGAGCUCUGCAGAAGCAACAGCUAAGGCCCUGAGCACCUGCAGUUCCCACCUCAUCCUCAUUCUCUUUUUCUACAUGGCUAUUGUUGUGGUAUCCAUGACUCACCUUGCAGAAAGAAGAGUUCCUCUCAUUCCUGUUCUUCUCAAUGUGCUGCAUGUUGUCAUCCCUCCAGCCCUUAACCCCCUGGUAUAUGCACUGAGGUCACAGGAGCUGAGAGUGGGCUUCCAGAGGUUGCUUGGUUUAGAUGAACUUGUAUUCAAGAAGUGA